CAAAGUUGUGCUCAAAUCAGUACUGUUGUAUAUUCUAACCAUUUGAAUUCUAAAACAAAAAAAUGUCAAAGUGCUUGUUUUUAUUUGUGCUCUUUGCCGUAGCUUAUUUAAGUUCGGCUGCUGUAUACAGAUAUGGAAAUACAAAACACAAAGAUUAUCCAAACCAAUGUUACGUUGAAAGUGAAGGAAAGGCCUAUCCAAUCGGUACAACCGUUCCUAAAGGAGAGUGUUUUCAAAUGUUGUGUGGAAGCGAUUUAUCACUUGUAAAACAGACGUGCGGAGCCGUCAUUGCAACAGAAGGUUUUCGCAAUGAAAUCGACACGACAAAACCAUACCCAGAAUGCUGCGGUAAUUUCGUUCCGAACUAAUAAGAGCGUGUAGUUAUGAAUUCAGAACAAGUGCAGCUAAAUUAUACUUACUUGAUCAGCUGAGAAUUACCAUUUGACUGAUUUAUAAAAUACAUUUUAGCUGCAGAGCAAGAAUCAUUAAUAAAGCAAUUUGUUGAAUUCAGAA